AUGUUUUAUUUCAUAUAUUUACUUAUGCUAAGGGUUCUCAAUAAUGGCAGCCUUUGGAUUGAGAAUGUUUUACCAGAAGACAAGGGCUAUUAUUCAUGUGAGGCAAAAAAUGAAAUUGGAAUGGCACUCAAUAAAAUUAUUUAUGUUACUGUGCAUGUUCCUGCAAGAUUUUCCACAUCUCUUCAGAAUGUGACUGUUGCUAAAGGUGGGACAGCUGCAAUUGAUUGUGUGGCAAGAGGUGACAAGCCCAUAACAGUAAAAUGGUUUCAUGGUGGGGAUCUGUUUGAGGCACAUAACCAUCCAAGGGCUGAUGUCAGUGAAGAAAGCUUGGAGUUCGGUAUUCACUCGAGAAUAACACUGAAAAAUGUUCUUCGAAAUGAUACUUCAGCAUUCUUGUGUCAUGCAGAUAACCAAUAUGGGAAUGAUCAAUCAGAGAUCUGGGUCAUUGUUCAAGAAGUUCCUGAGCCACCUGGAAAUCUUCAUGUACUCAACUUUAGUAGCAGAGCUGUAAAUCUCACAUGGGAACAACCUUACAGUGGCAACAGUCAAAUCACUGUAUAUACUAUUCAGCAUAAGCACAAAUUAGUGGCAUGGGAGAAGAAUGUUUCUCAGAUGACUGUUCCGGGUGAUCAGACUUUUGCGAGUAUCACUGGACUGCAGCCAGCUAAUAGCUACCAUUUUAGAGUUACAGCAAGAAACAGUCUUGGAUCUUCAAAUGCUAGUGAUACCAUCACAGUAACCACUGCAGAAGAAGCUCCUGGAGAAGCACCACAAGAAAUAAGAGUCAGGGCUGUCAGCUCAGAAAGUCUUCAUGUAAGCUGGAAGCCACCACGUGAUCAAUAUCAGCAUGGAGAAAUAAUUGGUUACUACAUUGGUUACCGAACAAGUAACUCAUCUGAACCAUUCCAUUAUAAAACAUAUGAAGUUCUCCCAGGUGCCGAGCUGAGAAUCCUCCUUACAGGUCUUCAGAAAUUUACAGAGUAUGUUAUAUUUGUUCAAGCAUACAACAGUGCAGGUGCAGGGCCUCAGAGCUUAGGAGUCUCAGUUUUUACUGAAGAAGAUGUUCCAGAAUUACCUCCUGGAAAUCUUAAAUGCACCAGUACAUCGCCACAAAGCAUACUUGUAACAUGGUUGCCUAUAGCAGCAGAUGAUGUUAAUGGUAUUCUACUUGGAUACAAAAUUCUAUACAACACAGUUUCUGACUGGGAUGAGGUAUCAGCACCUGUUGAAUCAUCCACUGAAGAAUGCAGACUGGAAUUAAUGGGCCUGCAGAAAUACUGUAACUACAGUAUAGAGGUGAAAGGCUACACAAGAAUGGGAGAUGGCAUUCCAAGUAGACCAGUCUUUUGCAGGACACAAGAGGAUGUACCUGAUAAGCCUGACGACAUCAAGGCACUUGUGGUGAAUGCUGAAACAUUGUUAAUAUCUUGGUUAAAGCCAAAAUUUCCAAACGGCGUCAUCAAAAAAUAUAUUGUAUAUGUGCGGUCACUGGAUGGUGGAACAUUGCUGAGGGAAGAAUAUGAAAUUCCUCCUACGCAGACACAUUAUAUUUUGUCUCAUCUAAUCGCUCACCAUCGCUACGAGCUCUGGGUGACUGCAGCUACAGUGGUAGGAGAGAGUGACGCCAGUCUGCAUGUAGUACAAAUACCAACAGAACAAGUUCCAGCAAGGAUUGCAUCAUUUGGAACCCAUAUGAUGGCAGCCAGAGGAGAACAACUUGCUCUGCCCUGCAUCACUGUUGGGCAACCCCAUCCUAGUACAAUAUGGAGUAAGGGAGGUCAGCUUAUUCAAGAAAAUAAUCGUAUACACAUCAAUGCUGAGUGGACUCUCCAUAUUUCCUCAGUAGAGACAUCUGAUACUGGAAAUUAUUCAUGCCAAGUGCAGAAUAUCUUAGGAGCUGAUGAAAUCACAUACACAGUGACAGUGAAAAACAGAAGGAAUAAUGGGUCUCCGUUGCCUCCAACUGACUUCAGAGUUUCUUCUGCCACUGAAACAAGUUUAUCUUUGAAGUGGUCAGCACCAGAUGACAGUAUUUAUGCAGCUGAAGGCUAUACCUUAUACUUUAAACGAGAGUUUGGUGAAUGGGAAAAGGUCAUUGUACAGGCUGAAGAUAAAAACUUUACUCUUGGAAACCUUCAGUGUGGUUCUAAAUAUCAGCUUUAUCUUCAAGCCUUCAACCACAUGGGCAACAGUAGUCCUACAAAAAAUAUAACUGCUUACACACAAGGGAAAGCUCCUAUUGCUCCAACAAAAGAAGAUCUCCUGGCCACCAACUCUACCUUCAUACAGCUGAACGUUGGCACGUGGAAUACUGGUGGCUGCCCAAUAACCACAUUAGUUGUAGAAUAUAAACUGAAAACUGGAACAAAAUGGAUACUUGUGUCAAACAAUCUUAAGUACACAGAAGAGAAGUUUUCCAUUCUUGAUCUUAAUCCAGUGACAAAUUAUGAGCUUCGGAUGACUGCUCACAACAGUGCAGGUUCCACUGUAGUCACAUAUGACUUCACAACUUUAUCCAGCACAGGAGCUGUUGUGCAGCCUGAACUCAUUAUGUGGGGAAAUUAUCGAAGAAAGUACUUCUACAAAGAUCCUGGUGUAAUAAUACCUGUUGCUGUUAUAACACUUAUUGGAGUAACUUUUGGAAUUGGGAUGUUUCUGUAUGUGAAAAGAAAGAAAAGAAGCCACACUGACAGCAAGAGUGAAGGUGAGAAUAUAGCAGAUCCACAUGUCCAAUCUGAAGAUAAGGUGGGGUACGGCGCUGCAGAUGUCUCGCAGGACCAGAAGCUCCAUCAAACUUCAUCUGCAUCAGAUACAACAGCAAGAGUCAACCCAUAUGCUACAUUUAGGUUAACCGAUGAAGAAAAACUAAAAGCUAUAAUUAAUGAUUAUGAAAGCUGUAGUGAAUACUGGAAGGUAAACAAAAAUCCUGAUUCUGAAAAUGAAGGAGUUGAUUGGAUACCACUACAUAGUCUGUACCAAGCUCACAGGUACUGACUUUUGUGGCAUCUGCUGAUACUGUGUACAAAUCCAUACAACAUUUAGUGGUGCGUCUCAGUGUAAAACAGUUGAUAAAGUGCCUUACUUCAUUAUCAUUACAAUAAUAAUGAACAUGUUAAUAUUGACUGUUAAUUCCAUG